AUGGCAUACCCAGGUGGUUCUCAUGGCGACCAUGAUGACCUAAUCAGCAAUCUCCCAGAUCAACUGCUAUGUUCAAUCAUCUCACUGCUUCCCGCCAUAGACGCCGUAGCUACUUCAGUCUUGUCCAGACGGUGGACGUAUCUGUGGAGGUUCGUUUCUCGUCUCGAUUUCGACCCCGCGAAGGAGCCAACGGACCUUCUUGAUUUAUGUCCACCAGCGAUCGUUCUACACACAGUAUUCUCUCAAUGGGGUGAUAAUCUAAACGUCUUCCGGAUCACUCACGGUCCGGCAGAAUGGCGGUUCAGCGGGCUAUUGCCGGAAUUGAUCGAUUACCUCAAAAAUUACAACAGGAUAGAAGAGCUCGAACUCACUCGUAUAAGUGAUGAUUAUUGCUCUGAUGAGGACUGGAAUCUCGAGAAUUUGGUGCCGGCCGGUGUCUUCGGGUGCCAGACUCUCCGUGUCCUCCAACUCAACAACUACAAACUCAUACCGGAAUCCAUUGCUGCUUUCCACGGUUGUGUGAAUCUCACAACUCUAAAACUCAACUUGGUUCACUUAAACCCCGACAGUCUUUUCGAAAUCAGAUCUAACUGUGGAUCCUUGGAGAAUUUGAGCCUGUGUUCUUGUAUUGGAUUAGACUAUCUUAAGAUUUACGAUCACAAGUUGAAGUUCUUGGAACUCCAGAACUUAGAGCUUAUUGACCUCGAAAUAUGUGGCGAUGGUUUCACAACACUAUUGCUUCAUGAUGUUGAACUCUCCUCCAAAAGUAAUCCUUAUAUUAACUGCCCAAACCUUCAAAUAUUUCGAGCAUGUGCUAAAAAUCUCGCAAAUUCAGAUAUUCUCGAACGAUGUUGUGGUCUUGUGUUUAGUAGCAAUAGAUAUGGAGGAGGCAAACUUUCUCUUACGGAUUUGCGCUUGUUAUCGACUGAACUAGACUUGAACGACAUAAGAGACAAUAUCUUACUGUCUUUCAUCUUUAGAGGAAGCCUCCGUCUGCAAAAAAUCUACAUCACAAUUCGGGACAACAUGUACAGAAGUGAACCAGAACCAAGUUAUAGAUAUAAUAUUCUAUAUCCUCUUCCAUAUUCUGAGAUGGGGUAUUGGGAAAAAGCAGAGUUGUCCGAUAGCAUAACGUAUCACCUGAGGGUACUGUGGAUAAAGGGUUUUACAGGAAAAGAGACGGAAAUGAGGUUUGUUUCUCAUCUCAUCAAGAAUGCUACUAGGUUGGAGAAAGCUGUGAUACAAUGCGACGAUGAAUGUUCGUUGGAAGGAGCAGUCACGAUGAUGAGCUUGCUAUGGCUGCCAAAGGCCUCCAUGGAUGCUCCUGUAAUCCUGAAACCAGGGCCCAAGUUUAUGGCCGAGGUUGGUGAUGAUUUUGAACAUUGGGUUUCCACACGUCCAUGA